AGGAGAGGCUACCACCGCGCGGCAAAAACACAACUCCGCCAGUUGAUAUGCGGCACUUGACGGUUGAUAAUCGAAAAUUAAAUCGGGAUGCCCAGAUAUUAUCAGCGCGACGGUAUGUUCGGGGUGGUGCUCACGAUGGCUGGGCUGCUGGUCUCUUCGGCUGAUUUCUUAGAAAAUCCGAAAUUCACUGCACCAAUUACCAACGUUACAGUUCCUGUUGGUAGAGAAGCCAUUCUGACUUGUCUAGUUGAGGAUUUAGGACAAUAUAAGGUGGCCUGGUUGAGAGUGGACACGCAAACCAUCUUGACAAUACAUAGUCACGUGAUAACCAAAAACCAGAGGAUAGGUAUCACGCAUAGCGAACACAAAACAUGGUAUCUCCAUAUCAAAGAAGUGAAAGAGUCUGACAGAGGUUGGUACAUGUGUCAGAUUAACACAGAUCCGAUGAAGAGUCAAGUUGGAUAUCUGGAUGUAGUCGUGCCCCCCGACAUCCUGGACUACCCAACCAGCACGGAUAUGGUUGUGAGGGAGGGCUCCAACGUCAAUCUGCGAUGCGUGGCGCGUGGCUCCCCGGAACCCACGAUCACAUGGCGCAGGGAAACCGGAGAUACCAUCCGAAUAUCGCAGGAUGAAGAAGUUGUUAGCGUGGAGGGGCCCGUCCUCAACAUAACACGAGUGACUAGACAUCAAAUGGGGCCUUACCUGUGCAUCGCAUCGAAUGGUUUGCCCCCCUCAGUCAGCAAGAGGAUUAUGCUGGUUGUUCAUUUCCCCCCAAUGAUCUGGAUCCAAAACCAGCUAGUGGGCGCAUACGAGGGACAGCAAAUAACCUUGGAAUGUCAUUCAGAAGCGUUCCCGAAAUCCAUCAGCUACUGGACCGACGACACUGGAGAAAUUAUCCCUCAGAAUGAGAGGUUCGAUCCUAUACAAUCUACCGCAGGAUAUAAAACACAAAUGAAAUUGACAAUAAAAUCAGUGAGUUCUGAAGAUUAUGGCAACUACAAAUGUGUAUCGAAGAAUUCACUGGGAGACACAGAUGGUACAAUACAGCUAUUUGCAAUACCUAGACCUUCCAAGUUGUCAAAUGGCUCCACAAGAAAAAGCAAAUUCAAGAAAAAGUCUAACGAAGUUACCGGCGAAACGUCAGAGGAGGACGAGAUGUUGCACAUUUACGACGACACAGCCGACAGCCUGCUCCAACAGAAUUCAGCACCGCCUAUUCUCAAGCACCACCAGACGGGACUCUCGUGUAGUGUGGCCCUUAUAUUAGUCGGUGCUUCGCUGCUCCUGUUUUAACAGAUUUCAACGGAACGAGGCGCCGGUAUUUCGCCAUAGUUUAUACCUUCUGUGCCGGACGAAAAGUGCGUCGUUUUGGACCGAAACUGUAGCGCGGUUCGGCGCCAAAGAACUAUUUUUAUAUAAAUGCUUCUUGUGCGGCUACAAGUGGUUCAAGUGAUAGUAAAUCAAGCAGGCGCUGCGAUAGCUGGAAAGCACAUCGUCGAGAACGUUCGACCCGUUGUUUUAUGUUAUGUGCGGGGAUCCUCUGUGGAAGUCCCGACUGAAGAGAAAUAUAGUUGAGGUUGAGUUCCAACGCUGACUGUAACUUUUAUUUGUUGUGGGAUACUGAGAGCGGUUUUGGUUUUGGAUCGGUAAUUUACACACGCUUUGUUUUAGCAGUGGGUCGUUGCAGGGAUACUGUUUGUUGAAAUGAUUGAUUAUCACCUGUGGAUACAGUGGUCAGGUUUACUAAAAUAUUGGUAUUUUUUUUCAUUCUAAAUUUUCAUGGUCGGUCAGAUUUUUUUCGAAUAAAUCCUUUUUUCCUUUUUUUAACUGAUUCCAUUGUGUAGCAAGCAGUAGCAGGAUGUGGAAUGAGCCGAAUUUUUGGUAGGAAUUGUUUUACCAGAAUCAUGUUAUAAGGAAAAGUCAACACAACGAAAAUAUCACAGUUGUUAAAGACAAAAUAAUGUGAAAUGAAAAUUCACCUGCAAGUAUGUUUAUACUCGGAACAAAAAUUAUUUCAAUUAUGUAAAAGAUUUUCCAAUAUAAUUUAUACAAUUCAUUAUGUGUACAGGGUGUUUCAAAAAAGGUGACACAGUCUCUAGGAUAGGUAGAAAACUGAAACAUAAUUGGGGUAUGCUCAGUAAACAAGUCAACCUUACGUUAUCAAUAUUGAAGGAAAAAUAUUCAGUAUACACAUUAUUUUUACAAUGUUGCCGAAACCACUGGCAACAAUGUAAUGAAAUUUUUUUCGAUUAUGUUUUGGAAGCUGAUACAUUCCAUAAAUUCGUUUUUAUAUCUGAUCCUCAUAGGGGAUGAUAGUAAAAUGAUUCAUACCAAUUAGUAUUGAAGAUAACAUUAAUUUUCAGUUUUCUACCUAUACUUAAAGGCGAUUACUCUUUUCUUGAACACCUUGUAUAAAGGCAACUUUGACACUUUUAUGUCAUUUAUACUCAGUAGGUUAUGCCAUUCGAUCGUGAACACCCUUCAACGACGAUUAGAAAUUGUCAAGUUGUGUCAUCAAAAUCAGUUUUUACCUGCGAGUAAUGACGAGGAAGACUUAUGUCCUUAUAACACAAUUUUUAUGUGUACUUUUAAAAACCUGGUAAAAUGAUUCUUCAAUGUUAUGCGUAAUUAAUGCUUUGUGUGAACUGAGCUGCUCUGGUUAUGGACCAACUCCCUUCCAUAUAAUUUUUUUCAUUCUGAAUAUGUCAAAGGGACCAAAUUCCUCACAUUGAACAUAUUUUUAUCGGAAUCAUACCCAUGUAUAUUAUUUAUCUGAUAACACGAUCUGUUUUCCAGUUAUCUUCGUUAUAAUGACCAUUGACUGAAAAUUGUUAUUGUGCAUUUGAUAGUUGUAAAUAGCUGAAUAUUUUAGAACUGAAAACAAGGUUUGUGACUUAAUAAACUCUAUGCAAACUG